AUGCUCUCGCGAUUGGGUCUCCGAACCGCCACUUUCAGUGGCUUCCACCGGAGUUGCCGCCUAUACCUGACAUUUGGUUACGUCCAGGAUUGGCCUGAGCUCAAAGCCCGCAUCGCCGAAGCCCCAGAAACCGAUUUUGACCGCGUGGCCGUUGACGCCUUCAAGCAAGCGUUACACCUCCACCAGCGGGGCAGAGCCUCUAACGACAACGACACAAGUGACGCUGCUACCCAACCAGUCGUUGAGAUCAUCGAUACACUUUUUCCUGGGGAGAAAGUCAAGUUUUCACCCCAAUUACUUCGCGACUUACUCCUCCAAUACCCGCCGACUCCGGUAGCGCUUCAUUUAAUCAGAACCUACUAUGGCCACAACCCUGAGGGGACUACCAUCGAUAAAGAUACGGCGCUUAUUGCGCUACGGACGGCGCUUUGGAACGCUGAUUUCACCAAUGCGAUUAAAGUCACUGACGUUACUGUGGGCCACCCGCUGUACGUUGCCGCCAAACACAAGAUUUUAAAGCAAGGCUUCAUCAAGCUUGUGGCGACACUGGUCGGGGUAACUCUUUUCUCCAAAUUUGGCGUUGAUUGGGCCAUCGAUGCUGGCGUACUUCUGGACCUGUGGCGCCAUCUUAGUGCCGUCAACCUGAUGUUGAUCACUUACUUGAUCAACCUGAGUUUUUUCUUGACGAUUGUCCAAUUUGGUCGCCAGCUUUCGGCGCUGGGAGGUGAUUUAUUGACCUGGCAAAAGGGGACAUUUUAUACUCACUGGUUCCGCCACGCCGACGAGAUGUUGUUUUCUACGAAGAUUGUCGAGGCUGAUCGUCAAUUAAACGGUGGCGAAAACACUCCUGCCAUCAUCAACGAGCUCUGUCGCGUGGAUGACGAUAUCUUUGCCCACCCUCAUACUUUACAGCCUGGCUAUACUAGAGACGGGCAAAAGAUCAGAUUACUCGAAGCCAAGGAUAAUUUGGACGAUUUGAUGAUGCAAGCUUAUUGGAUGUCGGGUGGCGACGGGUUUGAGUGGGUGGAACCCGACCAGGAUCCCGCGAUGCUCCAGUGGCACCACCACUUACACGGCUAUGCCAAGCUGGAAGUGAACGCCGGUGACGACGCCAAGAGCUUGAAAUGGGCCGAUGAGCUUGCCGACGGAGAGACCGCGGCAUAA